AUGUCCGAAUCAGAAAAAAUUGAUGUAAGUGGGGCAAGGAAUUAUAAGAGCAUAUCGGCCGCCCGAAAGGCCUUUGAAACCGGUGACAUCGAAAUGUCCCGAAUGGAACAUCAAAAGCACAUUUACAAAGAGGUCCACAACCCCUCUGCAUCGGAUUACGUGAAGUCCGUGGUAUUUGGGGGACUGGACGGAAUUAUAACGAGUUUUACAGUCGUUUCCGCUGCUGUUGGUAGCAACAGCAGCGUUGCCUCCGUCCUGAUAUUUGGUUUCUCGAAUGUCAUUGCAGAUGGUUUUGCCAUGGGAUUCGGUGAAUAUGUUUCGGGUGAAGCUGAACGAGAUAAUGCUCUAAGUGAGAGGCGACGCGAGGAAUGGGAAGUCGAAAAUGCUUUUGAUAUGGAGGUGGACGAAAUGGUGCAAAUUUAUGAGAUGAAGGGUCUCUCCCACGAAGAUGCCACAACCAUAGUGAACAUCAUAUCGAAAGACCCAAAACUUUUUGUGGACUUUAUGAUGACCGAAGAACUGGGGAUUAUUAUUGAUACAGAAGACACGCACGGGCCCAAAAAGCAAGGCCUGGUCAUGUUCUUGUCCUUUAUGUUCUUCGGUGCCGUCCCACUGUUGGCGUACCUUCCCGGGAAGGGAAAAGGGAUUGAUGGCGUUUUUGCGUUGUCCUGCUUCCUGGCCACUUGUGCGCUCAUCGUACUUGGGAUGUUAAGGGGGUAUCUGUCGGGUGUAAGCAUGUUACGUUCCGCAGCUCUAAUGGUUUUUAAUGGAGUUGUAAGCGGCCUGUUCAGCUUCACGGUGGGAUCACUUGUGGAGCACGCGCUGCGAUCUAGCAUCGAAGUGUGA